CUCUGAUUAAUUGAUGAUUAUUGGCCACUGAUUAUUUUGCCGACCCCAUAUACACUUAAAGUAGACCAAAAAAGCGGUUGGUAAAAGAUCCCAAAUCAGAUUCCCAAUUAAUAAUACUCGUCUUCCUCUUCGAAACUCUCACCACUCACCAGCAGAUCAUCGGAGAUGGGCGGAGACGGCAAAGUUUUCACCUUGGCCGAGGUUUCUCAGCACAGUAGCUCCCAAGAUUGUUGGAUCGUCAUCGACGGCAAGGUUUAUGAUGUGACAAAGUUCUUGGAUGAUCAUCCUGGUGGUGAUGAGGUUAUCUUGACUUCUACAGGGAAAGAUGCGACCGAUGAUUUCGAGGAUGUGGGACAUAGUUCGACUGCGAAAGCCAUGCUAGAUGAGUACUAUGUGGGUGAUAUUGACACAGCUACUGUCCCAGUUAAAGCUAAGUUUGUGCCUCCUACUUCGAAGACAGUCAAGGCUAAUCAGGAUAAGAGCUCGGAAUUUGUCAUUAAGCUCCUUCAGUUCCUUGUUCCUCUUCUAAUCUUAGGGUUGGCUUUCGGCAUCCGGUAUUACACUAAGACCAAGACUCCUUCUUCUUGAGGAUUGAAUUGUGGCCUAAGUGAAUUGCUUGUAUACGACGUGGUAAAACUCUGUCUCUACCUCUGUUUGUCUUGUAAGACAUCAUUAUAUUCUCUAUUGCAAUCAACUGAGAGACCUUUGAUUUUAAGUCAUCUACCUUUUGUUGUCUUAUAUAAA